AUGCCAGCUGUACUCAAAGGAGAACACUCUCGGUCAUCACCUUUGAAUGGCAGGUUCCCAACGAUCCUCUCUACUCAGAAGAGCUCAGGGAAAGGUUGGUGGGCGUGUUCAGCAACUGGGCCCGCGUUGGACCUUGCAGAGGCCGGGGAAACCCACCCCGCGCCCAAAGGUGACUAUAAAGAGCCAGAGGGCCCUCUGGGCAGCGCAGGGCUUCUCAGGAGGAGGAGGAAGGCUCGCUCGUCUCUCCCGCACGCAUCCGUGCUAAGUACCUGUCUUAGCAUCCCGAAGAUGGCGCCAGUGGGGGGCAAAAAGGCCAAGAAGGGCAUCCUUGAACGUCUAAAUGCAGGAGAGGUUGUGAUUGGAGAUGGAGGAUUUGUCUUUGCCCUGGAGAAGAGGGGCUAUGUGAAGGCAGGUCCCUGGACCCCGGAAGCAACUGUAGAACACCCAGAAGCAGUUCGCCAGCUUCAUCGCGAGUUCCUCCGAGCUGGAUCCAAUGUCAUGCAGACCUUCACUUUUUAUGCCAGUGAAGACAAGCUGGAGAACAGGGGGAACUAUGUUGCAGAGAAAAUAUCUGGGCAGAAAGUCAAUGAAGCUGCUUGUGACAUUGCUCGGCAAGUGGCCGAUGAGGGUGACGCUUUGGUAGCAGGAGGAGUGAGUCAGACACCAUCGUACCUUAGCUGCAAGAGCGAGACAGAAGUGAAGAAAGUCUUCCAGCAGCAGUUGGAGGUCUUUCUGAAGAAGAAUGUGGACUUCCUGAUUGCAGAGUACUUUGAACAUGUAGAAGAAGCCGUGUGGGCAGUGGAAGCAUUGAAAGCAUCCGGGAAGCCAGUGGCAGCCUCCAUGUGCAUUGGUCCCGAGGGAGACCUACAUGGUGUCUCGCCUGGAGAGUGUGCAGUGCGCCUGGUGAAAGCAGGAGCUGCCAUCGUGGGUGUGAACUGCCAUUUUGACCCUGCAAUCAGUUUGCAAACUGUGAAGCUCAUGAAGGAAGGCUUGGAGGCUGCUCGACUGAAAGCUCACCUGAUGGCCCAGCCCUUGGCCUACCACACCCCUGACUGCAGCAAGCAGGGCUUUAUUGAUCUCCCAGAAUUCCCAUUUGGCCUGGAGCCCAGAGUUGCCACCAGAUGGGAUAUUCAGAAAUACGCCCGAGAUGCCUACAACCUGGGGGUCAGGUUCAUCGGAGGCUGCUGUGGCUUUGAGCCCUACCACAUCAGGGCCAUCGCAGAGGAGCUGGCCCCGGAAAGGGGCUUUUUGCCACCAGCGUCCGAAAAACAUGGCAGCUGGGGGAGUGGUUUGGACAUGCACACCAAGCCGUGGAUUAGAGCCAGGGCCAGGAAGGAAUACUGGCAAAAUCUUCGGAUAGCCUCAGGCAGGCCAUAUAACCCAUCCAUGUCCAAGCCAGAUGCCUGGGGAGUGACCAAAGGAACGGCUGAGCUGAUGCAGCAGAAAGAAGCGACAACAGACCAGCAACUAAGACAGCUCUUUGAAAAACAGAAAUUCAAAUCUGCGCAGUAACCUCAGUGGCACUCACGUUUAGCAGAUUCUUCUUUUUGGGUCAUGGUUCUAUAGAGUAAGGAAAAAAUGGUUAAGAAACCAUGCUUGGUUUAAUGCUAGCCUACACAUAAAAUUGGCAUUCGCUGAAGGAAAUAGAAUCACAAAUAGCACUUGACAAUUUAAAAAGUGUGUUUUAGAAGUUUACUUAGAAGCAAAAUAAGAAGUCAAUCUUAAAGUGUUUUACCCAGCACCCACCCAGUAGAAGGUGAUAAGGAAAUCGCUGUGCCCACAGAAAAGUAAUUUCAACAUUAAUCCCACUGCAAGAUGUUUUCAGGCAAGUAAGGAGAUGAGAUGUGAACACAUAAUGCCUCAGACAGAUAAAAUGCUCUAGGGAAACAUCUUCUAGGCUCUUUUUAAAAUGAUCCCUCAUGAUAAACCCAAUUUAUAUAAUGACCCAGUGAAGCACAUUUCCCAACCACUGAAAUAAACCAUAAAAUCUAUCCUGGUAUUUUUUUGUUUAUUCCUUUCCAUUCCUGAUUCAUUAAUAAAGCAUGAUGAUUGUGAACUUUCAA